CUGCGGACUCGCCAGCUCAGAGGCUCCAGCGGCUGCGGCGGGCGCGCUCGUUAGCGCGGCGCGGCGGCUCAGGCGGGCCGGGAUGGGCGGGCGGCCGAGCGGGGGGCGCUGGAGGCGCGCGACGUGACCCUCCUGCACGCGGAGCCCGCCCCGCCGGCCGCGCCGAGUGGAGGGUCUGCUCGGUGGGCGCCGACACGAAAUCGGCGCCGAUCCGGCCGGAGCAUGCGGGGCGCGGCGCGGGGAGCCCGGGGGCGCGCGGGGCAGCAGUGGCCGCGGCCCCCUGUCCCGGGCGCGGGCCCGCCCCCGCCGCUUCUGCUGCUUCUGGCGGUGCUGCUGGGCGGCGCGGGCGCGCAGUACUCCAGCGACCUGUGCAGCUGGAAGGGGAGCGGGCUGACCCACGAGGCUCACAGGAAGGAGGUGGAGCAGGUGUACCUGCGCUGCGCAGCCGGCUCCGUGGAGUGGCUGUACCCGACCGGGGCGCUGAUCGUCAACCUGCGGCCGAACACCUUCUCCGCCACCCGAGGGCUGACUGUGUGCAUCAAGCCCUUCAGUGGCUCUUCGGGCGCCAACGUCUACCUGGAGAGAACUGGAGAGCUGAGACUGCUUGUGCCGGACGGGAGCGGCCCUGGGGGCCGGGUGCAGUGCUUCAGCCUGGAGCAGGGCGGCCUGUUUGUGGAGGCCACGCCCCAGCAGGACAUCAGCAGGAGGACCACCGGCUUCCAGUACGAGCUGAUGAGCGGGCGCAGGGGGCUGGGCCCCGCGCUGUCUGCUCCAUGCCGCCCAUGCAGCGACGCGGAGGUGCUCCUGGCGGUCUGCACCAGCGACUUUGUCGUCCGAGGCUCCAUCCAGGACGUCACCCACGUGCCAGAGCGGCAGGAGUCCGUCAUCCACCUCCGGGUGAGCAGGCUCUACCGACAGAAGAGCAGGGUCUUCCGGCCCGCGCCUGAGGGCCACGGCCACUGGCAGGGCCGCGUCCUGACGCUGCUGGAGUGUGGUGUGCGGCCAGGACAUGGGGACUUCCUCUUCACUGGCCACAUGCACUUCGGGGAGGCCCAGCUGGGCUGUGCCCCACGCUUCAGUGACUUCCAAAGGACGUACAGGGACGCAGAGGAAAGGGGGCUGAACCCCUGUGAGAUCGGCACGGAGUGACCGUGGAUGCUGCCACCCUGUCCUGCGAUCACUGCCAGGGCCGCGCGUGCUGGACCCGGGUGUGGGCAGUGGGCUGGGGUGCAGCCAGGGGCACAGGGCCCCGUCAAGGACGCCCUCGCCCGUUGGAAAUGCUAUAAAAUGCAAACUAAGUUAUUUUAUUUUUUUGUAAAAAAGAAAUGUCCAUAAGAAAUGUCCGUGUCUCGA